AUGAAUUCGACUUGGCAGCAUCUCGUGGUUCUUGCCUGUCUGGCAGUUUUGGUCGCGACUUCUGUCGCUCAGGAUAUCCUGGGAUGCGGCGGCUUCCUGAAGAGCCAUGCUGACAUCGAUUUCACGAAGGUGCACGUUAGACUAUACACGAAAACCGGCAGCUUAAAGGAUCAGACCGAAUGCGCGCCUAACACUGGUUACUACUUCCUUCCUUUAUAUGACAAGGGUGAAUAUGUGUUGAAGGUUGAUCCACCCAGAGGCUGGAGUUUUGAGCCUAUAGAAGUGUCGCUGAAUGUAGAUGGUAUUACGGAUGACUGCAGUCAGGGAAAAGAUAUUAACUUUACCUUUAAAGGAUUUGGAAUCACAGGACGUAUCGAUGACAACAGCAGAAGGUGGCAUAUUUUAUUUUACUCCUAUUCAGCCUGGAAAAUACAUUCUUGUUGCAAAUCAUUCCAAGUGGAUAUUAAAAAAAAUAAAAUUGAAGUAACGGUACAAGAAGGAAACACAGAACUUGCGGAUGGCAGCUUAGUGGUAUCUGGAUAUGAUGUCAGUGGCAAAGUAACUAGUGAAAACGAACCAGUAGCCGGUGUAUCCUUUAUUCUUUUCGGUAAUGGCGUCGCCGAGAAAUGUGAAACCACCCCGGUGGAUAAGAAUUUUGAAUCCAAGAAACCGCUUUGCCACGUAAUUUCGGAUAGUGCUGGUAAAUUUGUAUUCCCCAGUUUAUCACCUGGAGAUUAUAAACUUGUACCGCACUAUGCCGGUGUCCAAACAAAGUUCGAUGUUCAACCACCGGAAUUGUCUUUUAAAGUUAGCCACAACAGCGUAGUUCUUGCUCAAAAUUUUAAGGUAACCGGCUUCACAGUCGGUGGUCUUGUUCGUAGCUCUACGAACGGAAAUCCUUUGCCAGGAGCAAAGAUAUUCUUGUCACAAAAAGAAGUCGCAGUCACGGAUAAGAAUGGGAAAUAUAUACUAGACAACAUGAAAGCUGGCCAAUAUACACUUAGAGCGGAAUCUGCAAAUGUACAAUUUAGCGAAAAGACAGUUAAGAUAUCUCCUACCUCACCUGAACUUCCGGUUCUGAUUCCUUCGUCGUAUAAAGUUUCGGGAAAAGUGACUCUGUCGGCGAAAGGGACGCUGCAUUUUCGCCGAAUAUCUAUACAGAAUACAGCCGCUACAUUCUACAAGGAACUGGACACUAACGAGAAGACGGGAGAGUAUUCUGUAUAUCUCGCACCAGAUAAAUAUCAACUGAGUGUGAUUGUGAGCACGGAAGAAAAAGCUAAGGGUUUACAAUUCUAUCCGCUGCAACAAACGAUUGAUGUGACCUCCCAACCAAUUAUUAACAUCAAUUUUUUACAAUUAAAGGCUACGUUAACGGGAACAGUAAAUUGUCUGCCAGGAACAGAUUGCAGUCAAGCCUCUGUCACUUUGAAAAUACUCGACGGAGUCACGAUAAAGACGGUGCAGGCUAAAGAUGGCCAGUAUCAGUUCACGGACGUAUUGCCCGGUCACUACGAGAUCUUCAUUGACAACGACGUAUUUUGCUGGGAAAAUCCGAGUUACAGAAUCUCGAUAACGUCAGAACGUGCCGAAGUACCGCCGUUCAAGCAAACCGGUUUCUCUGUUACCUUCAUAUCGUCCCACGACACAGCUGUAGAAUACUCCGAGCCCAACAGCACGAAACUAAUAACUCUACCUUUGAACAAAGGUAGUAUGAGGCAUUGUGUACCUAAAUCUGGGGCGUAUACUUUUGUUCCAAAAGGUUGUCACAUAUAUCAAAAUUCUUCCUAUACUUGGGACACAAGCAACCUCUCUCCAAUUCUGCUGCAUUCCACCGAGCACACCCAUAAAGGCAGUAUCAUAAGCUUAAGUGUGCAAAAUGAUCUUAAAGUAAAAAUCGAAGACGCAAAUGACAGUGUUAUAAUUGGUCCAUUGAAACAUGUAAAAAAAGACGGUGUAUACAAAUAUGAGUUCGAGUUUAAAGCGAAAACCGAUAAUAUGUACACGAUUACUCCGUUAUCAGAUAUUUUGCUCUUCAAUCCACCAUCUUUAAAAAUCUUCGGCGUGAAUGACUGUCAUAGUGACAUCGCGAGUUUCGCCGGUGAUUUAGGAAAAAUUAUAGCCGGACAGAUCUCUCCGCCGUUAGAAGGUGUAACUAUACGAAUAAGUGGGAAAGAUGAAGAGUCUCCAAUUCAUACAUUAGUUACACAAGCGGAUGGUACUUAUAGUAUUGGACCUCUAGAUGGGAAAAUUGAAUAUAGUGUUACGGCUGAAAAGGAAGGUUUCGUAAUCACUGGACCUGAUGCUAAAGGAGUGUUCUUAGCGCAUAAAUUGGCUGAGAUUAUCGUGCAAGUUUCUGAUCACGCUGACGAUUCUUCAUUACAGGGUGUACUUCUUUCUUUGUCAGGCGGUCAAAGUUAUCGCAAGAACAGUAUAACCGGUGAAAACGGAAAAUUCAUAUUUAAUUCACUAUCACCGGGCGAGUAUUAUCUACGACCCAUGAUGAAGGAAUAUCGCUUUGAUCCGCCAUCGAAGAUGAUCAACGUUAUGGAAGGAGCAACCGUCAAUGUGAAUUUAUUCGGUAACAGAGUUGCCUACAGUGCUUACGGCUCCGUCACGUCCUUGAAUGGGGAACCGGAAGUCGGUUUGCUAGUCGAGGUUCAGGGCCAAGGGAACUGUUCCAGUCUCCAAGAAGAAGCCACAACCGAGGAAAAUGGGAAUUUUAGAAUCCGCGGUCUUCAACCCACAUGUACCUACGCCUUCCGUCUGAAGCCGAAUGUAGAGAGCAAUGCUCAUAUACAACGCACAAGUCCCAAUUCUCAAUUGAUCCAACCAGUGGAAGACAUCCAUGGUCUGCGACUGAUCGCGUUCCAUCCAAUCUCGCGCACGGACGUCUCGGUACACGUUACAUCUGCCGAACCGGAACAUUACCGCACGAUCAAGGUGAAAUUAUGCCGGGAGGACGCUCCCGACUCGCCGGUGCAUAUCUCAAAGUUGGACGUGCAACAAUCCACUAGCAAAAAUACUGACACUAACUACAACGCCGGCUUUUUGGUGCACUUUCCGCCAUUGCAAGCUGACGGCAGGAAGUACUUUGUCCAAUUGGAAUCAACGUUAUCUCAGGCUAUGCACAAGUAUCGCACCGUCCCGGUUUAUUUCGAGGCAAACUCGUCGUUUAAGUAUGUUAAACUAACAUUCAACGCGGAGCGGAAGGUCGAUCAGGGCGAGAUGAAUCAGACAUCGGUUAUCGCGUUGCCAUUCAUUAUACUAAUUGCAGCGGCAUUUAUCAACCGCGAAAAACUAUGGAUUUGGUUAAAUGCGCUGCUAGAGAGACGCUCCAAACCCGUGCCAAGUUCUAGAGCACCCGUACAAGCCAUCCCUAUUGAUCCCAGAGCCGAUGAUAUCAUAGUAGAGCAGAUAAUGAAUAUUAACAAAAGGAAAACAAAACCGCGGAAAGCAUAAGCCGCAUUAUUAUCAUGAUCAUUUACACUCAAGAGAGACUUAUUUAUAAUGCUCCCGAAAUUGUCAAAAAUGUAAAAACAUCUUACAUCAUGUUGUUUUAUACGUUGAUCAAUAAUAAUUGUUCAAUUUUUGUCAUGCUACGUAUAGUCAUAUAUGUCGUGUAAAUCAGAAAGACUGUCCAGGUACACUUACAAUAUAUCUAGAUUUAUUAAUAUUUAUACGUACGGGACAAUAUACUGCUUGUCAAAAGUGU